UCCUUCCGACGGCAACAUAUAUCGGGCUAGACUGGGCGCUUAAUUAAGUACUGCGGGUGGCUUGUGGGUCCACCCCCCAACCCAAUUGUCUCGCCGGCUACAAACUACUCUCAACGACAGCACGACGCACUGGAGUUUCUCCGGGCUGCAGCCCUACGUCCGCACGGCUCGGCGGGCGACAAGAAGCGACGGCAAGAGCAAGACACAAGUCAAUGUCACUCAAAGACUCAUUGCCUAUCACUGAUGCCAUGAUACGCUUUAACGCAGCAUUCAUUCGACCUGAGUAAUCAUCGGGAGAUGAUCGGCCCGACCAACGCCCCACGCUGUGCAAUCAAAAGUAUCGCCGGUGUCGACCGAGUUGGUCUGCACGCUCGAUGAACGACCGACUGAGGAGAGUCAGUUACGUCGUCAUUCACAAUGCCAUUCCGGCCAGAUGAAACGGCCCCCCGGCCCUUCGACGCAUUGUUCCAUCCAUCUGCGACAAUUCUCUGCUUGUCGUUAGGAUCAGACGGACAGAAGGUUGUCCACGAUAUACUUACGAUAGCCAUCGGUUAUGUUCUAGACCCUAGAUUGGAAUAUGUUGUUGGUUCUAUUCUCGUGUGCAGGUCGCCGAUCAUUAUCUUAUCUCUACCUCGUCAAUGAAGCUAUCUCUCUCAUUUCAAAGCGUGAGGAAUUCACGCGUAGGAGAUGUUCUCACCGCUUGAUCUGCGCCACCACUCACGGGCCAGUCCGACUAUGUUUGCUCCGACAAUCCUGUCCGCCAUCCAAGGCACACAUUCGGCAUGUUCCUCUUCGCCUCCGAGUCGCCAAGAUAGAUCAGGUCGCCUUCGAAUGAGAUUAUGUCGCUUAUUGUUCCCCCUUUGGCAAAUCUGUUAGAGUUGGGGGGCAGCAUCUGAGCAGGGUCUCCAGGUCCUGGUUCCAUGCGGUGGCCCCUGCCAUCAUUGUUGAUUUGUUGGUUUUUACAGGUGACUGAUUUGUUCCCACUGCGCUUAUGGCACUUUAUGAAGUUUCGGGCCACGGAGAAUCUCCGCGACUCCGAUUAUCGGACAAUUGUGCAUGUCAUGCUUGGGGAAAAGGCUGUUCUAUCUACUUCUCGUUGGAUCCUGG